AGGGAGGAGCGUGGAACACCAAACAAUCGUCCACGCCCUGCUGAGAGUGAGAAGUUCCUCCGCAUUCCUGUCAAACAAACCCACACACAUCCAGAAAGCUGGGAGGAAUCAGUCUCUGAGGCUGGACAGGAGUUUGGGCCUGAAGAAGGACCGGAACCAGAACCACCCCAUCAUCAUCAUCAUCAGAGUCCUGCCAGUCUGACCAUGAAUAAGGCAGGUGAUGAUGAUGAAGGUCAACCUGGAGGUCAAAGUGAACCAGCCCGACAGUCGGUGGGGAAGGGGCUGAGCAAACUGAGCGCCCCAUCCUUCACACCAGGGUGGAGCAAAGCCAGCUGCCCCUGCUGUCACUCAGAACGUGUCGACCCGCUGGUUCUGGUGAAACUCGGGGAGAAGGUCAGCCCCGAGACGAAGCGCUGGCUCAUCAAACUGAUCGGAGCUCCUCAGAAGGAUGGAGGUGCCGGGUUAUUGGCUCACCCAGGAGAGGAAGCCACUGGUAACAUCAUUGUUCUGUCUGCGUCACGCUGCACAUUACUGCAGGCCACAGAAGAGCUGGGGCUGUGUAAGAUGUACUGCAGCGGUGACAUGGAGGCCUUCGCCUACGAUGACAGGAACAACUUCAGAGAUUCAGACAACAUGGAGGCGUUUCUGACGCUGGCGGAGCGACAGUUCAUCAUAAAGUACGAGCUGGACGGGCUGCGGGCGCAGAAGGACCUCAGGAUACCCGGCAUGCUCGAUAGCUGCGUACUGCAGAAGCGAGACAACAUCUGGCAGAAGCUGGGAGCAGCUGGUGUGAUCGUAGACACAUUUCCUCUGCACAACCCUGACAAACUGAAGGUUCUCAGUGAAGCCUGGUACACAAGUAACCAGCUUGCUCAGCCACUGGACAAAGUAAACGAGUACUUUGGAAGCUCCAUGGCUUUCUACUUCAGCUUCCUGGAUUUCUACACCUGGUCUCUACUUCCACCGGCAAUACUGGGUCUUUUCAUCGCAUAUUACUCAAGAGAAGUUCAGAGAGAGAUGCUGCAAUCAGUGUCAGGUUCUCAGGAUGAGGAGCCUCAGGAUGAACCUGAACCUCUGAUCAGCGGUCACAUGCUGCAGGCAGUGUUCAGCAUGCUCUGGUCCACGGUGGUUAUGGAGCUCUGGAAACGCCGCAGCUCUGCACUGUCGUACCGCUGGGGAACCCUUCACCUAGCCGAGCGCUUUGCCGAGCCGCGGCCGGGUUUCCACGGCGACCUUGGGGUCAACCCUGUGACCGGCCGAGUGGAGCCACUAUUCCCCGAAUGGAAGAGGGACCUGCGUAUGGCACUUGUGUCUGUCCCGGUGGUGGGGCUGUUUUUAGGACUGGUGGUUCUGGGAAUGACAUGUUUCUACUGGGCUGAGGCCAGUGUGCAGCAGCUGCACAAAGACUGGGACUCCAUGAUGUCUCAGGCUUUACUCUUUGUGCCGUCAGUCCUCCAUAUUGUCUACACCAAUAUGUUGGCCACAGUCUACAGGACGCUGGCCCGAUCUCUGACUGAAUAUGAGAACCACCGAGAGGAGUCUGCCUAUGACAACCAUCUGACAGGCAAAAUCUUAGUGUUCACCUUCUUCAAUAACUUUGCAGUGCUCUUCCAUAUCGCCUUCUUCAAGCAGGACAUACCGCUGCUUCGGAAGCGUUUAGCGUCUUUGCUGAUCAUCACUCAGCUGGUGAACCAGGUGACAGAGGUGGUGGUACCUUUCCUGGUGGACCGGUUCAUCAGCGCCCCCCACAGAACACAGAGUGAAGAUGAUCCAGAAGAGGACAAGUUCCGGAACCAAGGCACUCUGCCUCCUUUCCCGGGGCUAUUUGCAGAAUACAUCGAGCUGCUGGUGCAGUUUGGAUAUUUGAGCCUUUUCUCUUGCGUGUUCCCUCUGACUGCGGUUCUGCUGCUCCUCAACAACCUAACUGAAAUCAGAUCGGAUGCUUAUAAGAUUUGCAAACUCUUCCGCAAACCCUUUUCCCCUCCUGUGGCCAACAUGGGCGUGUGGCAGGUUGCCUUCGAAGUGUUGAGUUUUGUAUCAGUUGUGUCCAACUGCUGGUUGCUGCUGCUGUCGCCCCGCCUGCAGGACUUGGGUCAGCAGGCCGGGAUGAGCGGCAGCAGCCUACUGAUGGCGGCUGUUAUGGUGGAGCAUGUGCUGAUAUUAGUAAAGGUGAUAAUGGCCGCCCUGAUACCAGACGAGCCUGACUGGAUCCGGAAAAAGAGGGAGCAUAUCGAGUACACAUCCAUGCAAGCCCUAAGGCAACAGAAGCUGAAUGUUCAAGAGUCCUAACGUUGUUUCAAGAUGCUGAAAUACAGCUCCAUACCUCUGGAGGUAAAACCCAAGAGAAGAGAGCUGUCCCAGUACCGCGUCUCUGCUCCACCUGACUUUUGCUGCCUUUAUUCACUCACACAGUGCUUCUACAACCAAAACACUUUGCUUUUUAUGCAUACGGCAAGUGCAAUUCAAACAGCAGCUUAAAGUGUUUUUUUUAAGAAUGCAGCGGAUGGAUUGCUGUGAUAGAGACUCAAUAGUAAAGCUGCAGACUGUACUGAUAAAUAUUUUUAAAAGGGUCAGUAUUUGAUGUUAUGUAUUUACGGUGCCAAAAACAGGCAGAAUACUUGUCUCAUUGCUGCCACCUGGUGAUAAAACACUGUUAGUGUUCAAGAUUGAGAGGAAGAAGAAGACAGUAUCAUUAACAGUAGUUUUAAGCUUGUUGGCUUACUUUGGUAGCAAUAUCAUCUUUAUCCAAAUAUGUAUUUUAUUUAAGGCUGAAAAAAUCAGAUUAAUCUUGAUUAAGAGAAUAUUGAAAUAAUCGUCAAGUAAUUUAGUAAUCAAUUAAUUGUUAACUGAAGUAUAGAGACUGUAAAACAUGUCUUUAGCUGACAGAGCAGUAAUUAUGCCAAGAUUUUACACAAAUUAUCAUU